AUGCCUCAUUUUGAGAACGGCACAAUGGGCGAAAACGCAGUCAACGGCGACCGGGCUCAGUCCCAAUUCCUCGAUCACCUGACAUCGUAUCCUGUCGUCUCGGACUCGAUCACCGUCUUCAGAACCAACAAGUACGGCGCCAAAUCCCUAGAGUUCGCCGACCAGGGCUAUGACAUCGCCAAACCCUACCUCCCAUACCUCUCCAAGCCCUACGGCUACUUUGCGCCUUAUAUCGCUCGUGCAGAUACUCUUGGUGAUAAGGGACUGCAGAGGGUGGAUGCAACCUUUCCCUUCAUCAAGGAAGACACUGGUACUCUCAAGAACACAAUCUACGAAACCGCGUCUGUCCCGCUACGAUUUGCUGGAGACAUCAAGAGCAAGGUCCUUAGCACCUAUGAAGAUGAGUACAAAAAGUGCGGCGGAGAUGGAUACGUUGCCAGCGGCAAGGCCCUCGUUACCACCGGGCUUGUACUCUCCCAAGAGUCAUUGGCUUUCCUCAGCUCUUUGCUGCAGCAGAAGAAGGCACAGGUCAAAGACAUUGUCAACGACCAGGUUGCGAACUAA